AUGUCUUCGUCCGCUCCCACGGGCGCCGCGCCCGAAAAGCCACAGCAGCCUGCGUCGGCACCAGCCGCUGAUGCUGCCCCUGCCGAUGCUCCCCUCGGCCCCGACGGUCAGCCGAUGACCAAGAGCGCCCUCAAGAAGCAGGCAAAGCUCGCAGAGAAGCUCGCAAAGCAGGCCGCCAAGGAUGCUCUCAAGAGCGAAAAGGCUCCCCAGAACCCCGCAGGCUCCGGCGCCGAAAAGAAGAAGGAGAAGCCCAAGAAGGAGGUCAAGCAGGAGCCCGAGUGGGUCAACAACACCGUCCCCGGCGAGAAGAAGGACCUCUCCCAGCCCAUGGAGAACGGAUACAACCCGCUCCACGUAGAGCAGAGCUGGUACCAAUGGUGGGAGAAGAGCAACCACUUUAAGCCUGCAGAGCCAACCGACUCCGACCCGCACAACCCUGAAAAGACCUUCAUCGUCCCCGCCCCGCCCCCGAACGUCACCGGCUCCCUCCACAUCGGCCACGCCCUCACCAUCUCCAUCCAGGACACCCUCAUCCGAUGGUACCGAAUGAACGGCUACCGGACGCUCUUCAACCCCGGCUACGACCACGCCGGUAUCGCCACCCAGAGCGUCGUCGAAAAGCGCCUCGCCAAGACCGAAGGCAAGUCGCGCUACGACUACGGUCGCGAAAAGUUCCUCGAAAAGGUCUUUGAGUGGAAGGACGACUAUCAGUCGCGCAUCUCCAACCAGAUGCGCCGUCUCGGCGCCUCCUACGACUUCUCCAGAGAGGCCUUCACCAUGGAUGAGCCCCGCUCCAAGGCCGUCACCGAGGCCUUCUGCAAGCUCCACGAGGACGGCAUCAUCUACCGCGCCAACCGCCUCGUCAACUGGUGCUGCAAGCUCCACACCACCCUCUCCAACCUCGAGGUCGACCAGAAGCAGCUCAACGGCCGCACCCUUAUGAACGUCCCCGGUUACCCCGCCAACGAGCGCAUCGAGUUUGGUGUCAUCGUCAGCUUCUCCUACCAGAUCGAGGGCUCCGACGAAAAGAUCGUCGUCGCCACCACGCGUCCCGAGACCAUGCUCGGCGAUACCGCCGUCGCCGUCCACCCCGAUGACCCGAGAUACAAGCACCUCCAUGGCAAGAACGUCGUCCACCCCUUCGUCCCCGGUCGCAAGAUCCCCAUCGUCGCCGACGCCAUCAUCGUCGACAUGGAGUUCGGAACCGGUGCCGUCAAGAUCACCCCGGCGCACGACCCCAACGAUUACGAGGUCGGCAAGCGCCACAACCUCGAGUUCGUCAACAUCCUCAACGACGACGGUACCCUCAACGAAAACUGCGGCGACUUUGCCGGCAUGAAGCGCUUCUCGGCGCGUCGUGCCGUCAUCGACAAGCUCAAGGAGAUCGGCAGCUACGUCGAGACCAAGGACAACCCCAUGACCGUGCCCAUCUGCUCGCGUUCCGGAGACGUCAUCGAGCCCAUCAUGAAGCCUCAGUGGUGGGUCAACUGCCAGCCUCUCGCCGCCAAGGUCAUCGAGCGCGUCCGCGCCGGCGAGAUGUCCAUCACUCCCAACGUCUCCGAGAAGGAGUUCUUCCGAUGGAUGGAGAACAUCCAGGACUGGUGCAUCUCGCGUCAGCUCUGGUGGGGCCAUCGCUGCCCCGUCUACUUUGUCAACAUCGAGGGCGAGGCGCAGGACCGCAGCGACGACAAGUUCUGGGUCGUCGGCAGGUCGCUCGAGCAGGCGCAGGAGCGCGCCGACAAGCUCGCCGGCGGCAAGAGCUACACGCUCGAGCAGGACGAGGACGUGCUCGACACGUGGUUCAGCUCCGGCCUCUGGCCCUUCUCCAUCAUGGGCUGGCCCGAAAAGACGGACGACAUCAAGCACUUCUACCCGUCCUCGCUGCUCGAGACCGGCUGGGACAUCCUCUUCUUCUGGGUCGCCAGGAUGUGCAUGCUAGGCGUCUACCUCACCGGCCAGCUGCCCUUCAAGGAGGUCUUCUGCCACGCCAUGGUGCGCGACGCCCACGGACGCAAAAUGUCCAAGUCGCUCGGCAAUGUCAUCGACCCCAUCGACGUCAUCGAGGGCAUCGACCUCGACGGCCUGCACACCAAGCUCAAGGAGGGCAACCUGGACGACAAGGAGAUCGCCAAGGCGGCCCAGGGUCAGAAGAAGGACUUCCCCAAGGGCAUCCCGCAGUGCGGUACCGAUGCGCUGCGCUUCGCGCUGUGCGCCUACACCAGCGCAGGCCGCGACAUCAACCUCGACAUCCUGCGUGUCGAGGGCUACCGCAAGUUCUGCAACAAGCUGUGGAACGCCACCAAGUUUGCGCUGCUCAAGCUCGAGCCCAUUGCGUCGUUCCAGCCCGCGGCGGACGAGCAGCCGAGCGGCGACGAGUCGCUCGUUGAAAAGUGGAUCCUGCAUAAGCUCAACACGGCGAGCAAGACGAUCAACGAGUGCCUCAAGGAGCGCAACUUCAUGGCCGCCACCUCGGCGGUUUACAACUUCUGGCUGUACGAGCUGUGCGAUGUGUACAUUGAGGCGAUCAAGCCCAUCACCGAUCCGGCGGCGGCGGACGCCAAGGCGCGCGCCAGUGCGCAGCAGACGCUCUACACGUGUCUCGACGAAGGCCUCAAGCUGCUGCAUCCCUUCAUGCCUUUUGUCACCGAGGAGCUGUGGCAGAGGUUGCCGCGCCGCGCGGCCGAGAAGGCCGAGAGCAUCGCUCUGACGCGCUACCCCGUCUACAUGGCCAGUCGGGACGAUGCUCGUGCCGAGGCCGCGUUCGAGGAGGUGUUUGCCGCCGUGCGCGCCGUCCGCGGCAUGUGCACGGACUACAACCUGCUCAAGGACGUGCAGGUGUUCCUCGAGACCAGCGAUGCCGAAUUCCAGCAGAUCCUCACGUCGUCGUCGGACGUCGUUGCUACGCUCGUCAAGGGCUGCACGGGCGUCAAGGUUGUUUCGAGCGCCGCCGAUGUGCCCAAGGGAUGUGCGGUUUCGUCGAUCUCGUCGCGUCUCAAUGCGCACCUCCUCAUCCGCGGCCUGGUCAACAUCGACCAGGAGCUGGCCAAGCUUGACAAGAAGCUCCAGCUCAACGCGGUUGGCAUCGACAAGAUCUCGGCCCCCAUGAACAAGCCGCAGGAGUGGUCGCGUAUGCCGCAGGAAGUCAAGGACUCGACGGCUGAGAAGCUCAAGAACCUCGAGGCCGAGAAACAGGCCAUGCUCGCUGCAAAGGCUCAGUUCGAAAGCAUCCGUGACGACUAG